AAUUAAUUCUGAAUCUGUGCAACAAAUUAGAACGCAAGUAUUUUUGUCAACAUGUCGGACAACGAGGACUUACUCGGCGAUGAUUUAGGGGACCACAGUCUCGCAGAUUAUAACCUCGGCAAUGAAGAAGAGGAGCAGCUUCUCGCUGAUGAUUAUGACAGUGGUCCGUCACAAAAUGUCCCCAGUUCGAAUAACUCUUCAUACAGUGAAUCAGUGGACACAGUACCUACUAGACAAAGCAUUGAAUAUACUCAGCCCGUGCCAUACACACAACCAGAGCCAGAAUGUGUUGUACCAAACAUAGUAGUGGAAGUACCGAACAUGCCACAAACGGAACACACAACAUAUGCACCAUUCAAUGAGCCAUAUGAGCAAGAACAUGCAGUACCACCAGCCAUUCCGGCCGCCCCUGCGGAGUCACCACAAAUCGUACCGUCGGAGAUGGUCCCUGCGCCGAAGCCCGCCAGCCAGCGCUCCCCGCGCGCGCGGAACAUUCCCGACUCGCUCGAUAAAGUGUUCGUACCGCGAAAUUCAUACAAUGGUCGCGGCCGCAGCUCGUGGAGAAACCCCCACUACCGACAGAACCAUCCCUACAGGCGGAAUAACACGUUCAGGGGGAACUUCGUUCAGCGCCCAUCAUUCCCUCCGCCACACAUUCGACCACAGAUCCCAAUCCAACCACCAAUCAGACCAGAUAUACCAGAGCAUCGUCCGGAUUUACCCCAAAUGGAUCGAGAAUUAUCCCCCGAGCGACCCCAUCCACCCCAAGAAAUGAUCCAACCUUCGAAUCCACAAAUUGAGAACCAACCUUACAAUCAAAACUUCCAAAGAUUCCAGUUCAGGAAUGAGGAGAGGCCAAAUUUUGGUCCAAACAUUCGACCCAACUUCGAACGUCCGAUGUUCUACCAGCGUCCUUACAAUCCAAGACAAUUCGGUCCCAGAGACAUGAUGCCCAAUAAUAUGCCCCAAGUCAUAAGACAACCUUUGCCAGUGAUGACGGUGAACCUGCCCAAGGGUAGGGAACCGGAAGUGAGAAUGUUGCCGGUUUUGCCCCCGAACCUACCGAACUUACCCCCUGGCGGGUUAGCUGGGAAGAAAGUUUUGAUCAAUCCUCACUUUAAAGGGAAUUUCCAACCGCCUGUCGAAGGGCUCCCACGAUACGUUCCGACGAGAAUACAAAAGAGCCCGCCUCUCAGUCCCACUCUGGAGAGCAAAUUCGGCCCCAUCAAGGACAUCGACGACGCGGCGGAGCGGUUCAUCGCCGAGCAGCGCAGCGCCCUCGCGCGCGCGCAGCGCCGCCACCGCGCCGAGCCGCAGAGAUACAUCGAGAACACGACAAUAGAGAUAGAGAACGAUCUCGCACGCAGCUGCGAGGAUCGCGAGCUGCUACGGAAACAGGAGGAGUUCAUCAACGCCAACAGAGCCGGUCUGCGGAGACGGAUGCGCUCGCCGUCGCCGCCGCGUUCGCCGUCCCCGCGCCGCAGCCCCGAGCGCCGCCCGCGGCCCUGCGACGAGGAGAGUGAGUACCGGCGGCGCGUGCGCGAGCAGGAGUCGCUGCGCGAGCGCGUGCUGCGCGCCAAGGAGCUGCGCCGCCGCAAGAACGCCACCGCCGCUGCCACCGUCGCCGCCGCCGCCGCCAUCGCCGCCACCGCCGCCGCCGCCGCGCCGCAGCGCGAGCCCGCCAGAGAUAAAGAUCAUCUGGACAAGGAAGUUCCGAAGGAAGAAAUAAAGCAGACGGAUGUAAAGGACGUUAAACAGAGCACCGUAUAUGCAAACGAUACUCAGCAAGUGAAGCCGGACACGACGAGAAAGACACCGGAGAGGGAGAAGGAGACGGAGGUGGUGGAAGAAAAGAAAGAGAGGAGAGAUAGGUCUCCUAUCAAGGUCGUGGAGAGCGCUGAAGCUAAUUCUACUUGUGAGACGCUGACGCCGCCGCCGCCGUCGCCCGAGCGCGGCGCCACGCCCCCGCUGCCGCCCCCCGCGCGCGCCGCCCCCGCCGCCGCCGCCGCCGCGCUCGACAGCGACGACGACCUCGACCUCAUCCUCGACGACAUCGACGACAUCCUCUCCGACGACGACGACUCCGGCCGCUUCAAGGAGAAGGCCAGCAAGGAUGAAGUACCCAAAACUGUUGAGAAGCAAGUCGACCUCCGCUCCAAACUACCUCCCAAAGUUGCAGAACCCAAGAAACCCAGACAGAAGAUAACUUUCAACGACAACAACGAAGAUAAAAAAAAGAAAGAUAAAUCUCCAGUUCGCCGAGUUGGCUUGGGAUCAAAAACGAGCCACGCUGUGAAAGCUGACGCUAAAACCGACAAGGAAAAAUCGAAAGUGGAAGUCAACUCCAUUACUAUUAAGUCGAGGCAAAAGAUUACAUUUGACAAAAAAGAUAGCGGGCGCUCGGCGCGGCGCGUGGUGCUCCGCGCGGCGCCCGACAAGUCGGUGUUCGCGCGCAUCGACGCCGACCCCUCGCAGCCCACGCCCUGCAUCUUCAGCCGCGCCGUGCGCACCGCCAUCGCGCCCGCGCCCCCCGCGCCCGCCGCGACCGCCGCGCCCCCCGCGCCCGCCGCGCCCGCCGCGCCCGCCGUGCUCGUGCGCAACCUGCCGCCCGGCAUCACGGACACGCGGCUGCGCACGCUCGCCGCCGAGUCGCAGAGCUUAAGUUUGGAUAAAGAGGAACGCAGCGCUAUUAUAAUAUUCAAAACGGGUCUCGCGGCUGAGAAUUUUAAGAAGAAAUUCAACAACAAGAUGGUCGCUGCCAGUCGUUUGACUGUUACUUUACAAUAGACUACAUAUUUAAGUUAACUGAUAGUAUUGUUUAACAUUCAAAUAUUUCUUAAGCCACUGCCACACCUGCUAAUUGUGAUAUCGUUACUGUUUUUAAUCUGUAAGUAAAAGGCGUUGCAACAUACAGGUCUAUCGAGUCACAGGUGUCGUCCUAAUAAUAAAAUAGGUAUAAUGUUACAAUCUCGAAAUAUUUUUUUAACUUAUAAAGUUCUUGUGAAAUAAAUUAGUUUUCGCUAAAGAAUUCCAUAGACUCUUGUUAAUGGACCUUUAAAAACCAGUGUUAAUAACACAAGAGUAUGUGACAAUACGCCUUCUAUAUGACCAACCUAAAGUUUAUGUUACGCUAAUCAAAAUUUGAUUUUAAUUUGAAUGAUGUAUAGAGUACCUUCAGCCACUCAGGUGUGACCGUAGCUUUAUAAAUAAUUCCGCACGACUUUGUAAACGAUAAUUGCCAUUAACAUUUUUCUUCUUCUAAUGAAAAUAUACUUUAUAGAUAUAUAAAUACAAACCAUGUAUAAUUAUUAUUAUUAAAUAUUUGUUUACACUUGUAUGAACAAACGCUACAGAUAUUAACGCGUAAAAACAGAAAUGCAUAGUUUUUGGUUAUUAUGCAAGUUAUACACGCUGUGAAAAUAUUUCCUUACGAAUCUGUAUAAACACUCAAAAGACAUUACAACAUUUCUGAACGACAAGAAUUUAAUUUAUUUUUCUUUAUUGUAAUUAUGACAAAUUACAAUAUCGAUAAACAUACAUACAUUUAUGUAACCGAAUAUAUGGUAUCCGUUUACAACGACUUGGACAUUUUUAAUUUUAUCAUAAAUUAAAUUUAUAG